AUCUAUUCCCAAUAUGGCGCAGGCCAUAUGAUAAUUGAUAACAUCGCCGGAAUGAUUGCUCUCAAGCUAUUUUCUUUAGAUUCUGCGGUCUCUAUAAUUACUUGUUCCUAAUAAGAGAUUCUAUCAAGUGCUAUUUCGUGCUCGUUUCUCAGUGUGAUAUAAUUGAGUUGUAAAAUAUUUGCAAAUAUGUUGCCCUUACACAUAUUAUCAAAAUGUAAUAUAAGAUCCUCAAGCGGAAUAUUAUUUCAAUGGAUAAAUAUUUCCACAAGAUUCUCUUCAUCUUCAUCAUCAUCAGAUUCAUCAGAUUCUGAUUCUGAUUCAGAAAAAACAAAACCAAAGGCAACGCAUAUUAAAAGUGCAAGUUCUGCAAAUGCAACAUCAGACAAUAAAUAUGAUUUGGAAAACUUCUUGAAUAACAUGAUACAAACGAGAAAGACGCAGAAAAGUAUUGAUGUUGCCAUGCAGCCUAAAAAGAAGAAGGAUAAAUCAAAUAAAAAACCUGAACCUUUUGAAAAGAAAAUAGUAAGUGCGGCAGAAGAUGUGGCUAACGUGCUUGGUGGAGAUAAAGCCAAAACAACAUCAGACUUGCUUGAAAAAGUUCUUGCAUCUAGAGUAACAGCAUUGAAAGAAGAACAGGAAAGCAUGUAUGUAGAUAUAUUGUUGCAUUUAUUAUAUAAUAGAUCCAAAGAUAUCGAUUUGUGGAAUGGAAAGCCUAGUGACAUUUUUGAAAAUGUGAAUGCUGCUUUACCAAAUAUACCGGAACUGAAAACAUGGGCAGCAUUAGAACAAAGAGAAUUAAAAACAUUGACAACUUAUCCACCUGCCAAUAUUUUUCAAGAACUAAUUCUUUGGACGGAGCAAGGAAAAUUAUGGAAUUUCCCUAUUGACAAUGAGCAAGGAAUGGAAGAAGAGCACAAUGUUCAUUUCUCAGAACAUGUCUUUAUGGAACGUCAUCUGAAGGAAUGGUGUCCUAAAUCAGGACCAAUUCGUCAUUUUAUGGAAUUAGUGUGUACUGGACUUUCAAAGAAUCCAUACUUGACAGUUCAAGAGAAAAUUAAACAUAUUAUGUGGUAUAAAGAAUAUUUUGAAUCUAAACAAGACUUGUUGCAAGAAGUAGGAGUAAUUCAGCAGCCAAUCUCUGACAAAAUAAAAGAAAUUACAGAAUAAAAUAACAUACGUUAGUGUAUUCUACAAU